CCAGGGCCCCCCCUGGCCACCGCGUCAGCAGCAGGCCUCGGCAGGCCCGGGACGGCACGCCCUCCGCUGCCGGCGGCCAGAAUGAAGCAGCCGCGCCUCGCCGCGCUGGCGGCGGCCCUCGCAGCCGUCGACGGCGGCCGCGUGCACAGCCGGGUCGUGACUGCCGGCGGGCUCCGGAACGCCAGCCGCUCGCAGGCGCGCGGCGCCUCGGGCGCGCUCGGCAACCGUUCGCGGGCGCCCAGGUACGGGAGCCCCGGGUGCCCGUGCAUCGGCGUCGACUACAUCAAGGGCGAGAAGGAGGUGAGGCAUCACCACGUGGACGGCAAGUCCAACUACGCGGCGGAGAGCGGCAGCAGCUGCAGCACCUGGGAUCAUGCAGAGCAUCCCAUGUGCAAGGGCGACAACCAGCCCGACUUCUGCGGCCAGCAGUGGUGCUACGUGGACCCGUGUGACUGCGACAUAGAGGUCCCGCCGAAGCCUUCGAUUUACAUGGACAAGGCGACAUAUCAGGGGCAUCGUGUCCACUACUCGUACCAUACCUGCGGCGGUGUCGACACGUGGACACCCGACGAAAAGAAGGCGCAGGCGAGGGAGAACGUCGAGAUCUGCGACGAGCCCGUCGACACGCGGAAGUACGGCAAGGACGGCUGCCACUGCGUGGGCAUCGAUGGACUCGAGGGCGAGACCAUGGUCAGCGUGGAGGGCAGGGCUCGGCCGUAUCCUGCGGACGUCGGCUCCAGCUGCAGCGCCUGGGACGACGGCAGGCACCCCAACUGCACCGCGCACGACGCACCGGCCUGGUGCAAGGAGCGCUGGUGCUACGUGGACCCCUGCUUGUGCGACCUGAAGACACCUCCUCAGGAGUCCGUGUACAUCGAGAACGCGGUCUGGCAGGGGCGGCCGAUGUACUACUCGUACACCACCUGCGGCAGCACGGACCACUUCACCAACUCCCAGGGCAGCACCGCCUGCACGCAGUACGCGGACAAGCCGUCCUGCGAGAACGACGACAACGAGCGUUGGUGCCAGUGGGAGCCCGUCCGCGGGGUGUGCCUCGGUAAGGAGCUCAUCGUCGUCUGCAGCGGCGACGCUCACGCCGGCGACCGCCACCGCGGCCACGAGGGGGCGAGCCACGGGGCUGGCGAGGCGCACGAAGGCGGCGCUGGCCGCCCGCGCGCCGGCGCCGCGCUCGCCGCCGCCGCCGCCGGGGCCCUGGCGCUGCUGACGUGAGCGCCCGGCGCUCCACGAGGCCAGGAGCGAGCAGGACAGGGUGAGGGGGUGUCAGACGAAGGCGGCGCUGCCUGCAGUGGCGAGCUCCGGCGGUGACCGCCGUGCACGGGACUCGCCGCUGCCGCCGAGGAGCUCCUGGAGCCCUGCUGGUCUGAGCUGGGCCUGGCAGCGACUGGGGCCGGCGAGCGAGGGGCCGGUCUUGGGCGUUCGCCGUGUCGGUGGCAGGAGCAUGACCAUGAGCUUCUGGUCGCAUCCGCCACCGCGCACGGUCUAGUAGAGAUGUUUCGGGAUAGGUUCGCGGGGGUAAGGCGUUCGACCAAAACACAUGUGCACUUCGUUUCUGGCCAGGCCCGUAUACCUUAGCGUGUGUGUGUACAUGAUGU